GCCUGCGUCUAUCUCUCUGUCCUGGUGAGUGAAAUCUGCUUCUGUCUUGCACAGCUAGCUGAGGAUCUGACAGCAAAACACCACAGCAGCAGCAGCAGGCAGAGGAUGCUCUGGAGGGGCUGAAAGUUUUUCAGAAGUUGUAUUUAUUUAUUUAUUUAUUUUUUAAGAUAAGGUUUUUGACAAUGUUGCUCAGGCUUCUUUCAAAUGCAAGUAAGUGUCAUGAUUUGGACUGGAAAUACUGGCGCUGAGAAAGUUGUUCCAGUCGUCUUGAACUGCGCUUGAGGGGCAUAAGAAUGAAUAAUCAAUCGAUGACAGGGACGACCAUGGUCCCGACCAUUCCGUCUAUUAUGUUCAUUUUCGGGGUGGUUGGGAAUGUCAUCGCCAUCGUAGUUCUCUGUAAAUCUCGCAAAGAGCAGAAAGAAACCACGUUUUACACGCUGGUGUGUGGGCUGGCGGUCACGGACCUCCUGGGCACAAUGCUGGCCAGUCCUGUCACCAUCGCCAUUUAUGUGAAAGGAUCGUGGCCCGGAGAGGACCCGCUGUGCCAGUACUUUGGGUUCACCAUGCUUUUCUUCUCUCUGGCGGGGCUCAGUAUCAUCUGUGCCAUGUCGGUGGAGAGAUACAUCGCCAUAAACCAUGCCUACUUCUACAAUGACUAUGUGGACCAAAAGCUGGCGGGGUUGACCCUCCUGGCGAUAUACAUCUCCAACGCGCUUUUCUGCGCCCUGCCGAUUAUUGGCUUUGGGCAGGUGAAGAAACAAUACCCGCAAACCUGGUGCUUUUUGGAGUGGAGGAGCAACAAGACCAGUGAUGCAGCCUACUCCUACAUGUAUGCGGGUUUCAGCUCUCUUCUUAUUCUCGCCACUGUUAUCUGCAACGUGCUGGUGUGUGUGGCUUUGAUCCGUAUGCACCGGCGCUUCGUGCGCAGGAUGUCGCUGGGAGCCGAUCUGGGGCGCACCGUGGACCCCCGGAGGAGAGGACGCAGUUUCGGGCGUCUGGCCGGUGCAGAGAUUCAGAUGGUUAUUCUGCUCAUAGGCACGUCGGCAGUGGUGCUCAUCUGCUCCAUCCCACUUGUUGCUCGGGUGUUUUUGAACCAGCUUUACAAGACUCCAGUUGAGCUGAAGUUGGACAAAAACCCAGAUCUAAGAGCGAUACGCUUCGCCUCCUUCAACCCUAUUCUAGACCCCUGGAUCUACAUCCUGCUGCGCAAGGCUGUUCUGCUCAAGCUCAUUGAGAAAAUCAAGUGCCUGUUUUGUAAGAUGGGAGCGAGGAGGCAACAGAGACAGGGAAACUUCCACUGUAUAGAUGCUCAUCAGCUGUCCUUGGUCAUCUCCAACCAGGGCUCUCUGCGAGAUGUCACCAGCAACUCCCAGACCUUCCUCUACCUGCCAGAGGGAAUUGAGUUGUACACUGGAAGCUGUCGUAAAGCAGAAAGACUCUCUGGUUCCCGACCACCAUCGGUCGGAAACCCGCGAGCAUCUUAUUCGUCUGAGCAAGACAGCGUUGGAGCUCAGACCAGUGAAGGGACAACUGUAUUCAGGGAUCUUUCGGCCUUGCCCUGCCCAAAAGAUCCGGCACUUCAGGUGUCACUGAGCACUGAGACAGUGGAGGAGAAAUGCAUCUGAACUAACUCUGAAUCUGGACAAAGUUCUCAGAUGGCUCUGAGGUAGAUUAUCUACUGAAUUCCUUCUCCUUAAGUGAACUUUUAAACCCCUGAAAAAUGGGUGUAGGCACAUAAAAAUAAUAACUGACUCUACGCGGGAAGUCCGGCACAUGCAGCGUGAAAUAAACUGAGCAACUUGAAGUGCUGUGAGCUUUAUCGUCUGGUGUUCUCUGUUUCAGCACCCAGCUACCUCAGUGAUGACUAUCUCUGACUGUGUGAGCGGAUUUUGUCAUUAUGCCCUAAACAGACGUUAUUAAAACAGAAGAUGACCCACUUCGUCGUGACUCAAGUGUCAGCGAUGGAAAGCUCUCCUUCCUGAUUUCAGCUACUUUGUUCAAUCACUGUGGAAACCUUUACUGUAAAGUACAUGGGGCUAGUAAUUUAGAUCACUUUAGUCACAAGCUUGUGGUCAAUAUGGUAAAUGAAAACAGUAUUGAAUGUGAUCCUUAUGAGUAAUCCCUGGCACAUGUACUACCGCCGUAAGGAUUGAUUUGUUUAACAAACUCUAUUGUAAAGUGCUUUUUGAAGGACAUAUUGUGUUAGUUCCAUGACUAAUGUAAACUGCAGUAUUAUUAUGUGGUGAACACCAACGUUUUUGUUCCUCAGCCCUGGAACACACACAAAUAUGUCAACUCAAAUCGUAAAAACCGUGUUUUCCAUCUUACAAUGAGGGUACAAAGAUUCCUGUGCCAUGGUUAUUAACACCAAACUGUUUUAAUCUGACUGGGUUUUUGAACAAUUUGUCCGCAGCUACAGAAAACGUGGUGUAAAUCAGUGGACACGUGUUGCUUGAUGUUGAGUAUUAGGAUGUUGAUAUUUCAACAAAGCUGUCAGCUUGAGAAAAUGGUGUUCUAUAUGAUCAGUGUUGUGUAAAAUAUUGUUUGUAAUAAAAUUAUUCUUCUCUAGGAGAAGGUUCUUGUUAGUGACCCA